UUCACUUGUUUUGACACUGCCUUCCGCAUUUCUCAGAAACUUUACAGAACGUUACGAAGAACAGGCUGUGGGUUUCAAAUUUUGUGGUUGAGCGCGAAAUGUCUGACCUAACGAAGAGAGCUGUGCUCUCUGAUGCUCAUUUCAACCAGAAGACCUCAGCUCUUAAUCUCAUCAAUGGGAUUUCUCCUAUUAAACGCACUACCCGCCGCCAGUUAGUUAAAGAUGAUAUCUCCCUUCCUCUCAAAAGUCCUUUAAAAUUUGGAAAGCUACUCAAAAGUGAUGCAUUCCAUUCAGCAUGUAAAGACCUUUCAUUCGAACAUAAUCAAAGUUUCCCAUUAUUGAAGCCUUCCCAGCCUCGGAAGAACUACCUUGGCUUCAUUUCUCCUCAAGUUACAAUGGAAAAAAUCAGAGGUGAUGGCCUCAACUCCUGUCGCUUUUCAGCAGGCAGGAGACGAUGCUCAUUUUCUUCUCUGAAGCCACUCCCUGAUGGUCUGGCAGGAAGUGUAGACCAUUUUCCCGCAAGUGAAGCUAGUUUGACAGUAAGUGCUACUAUCUGUCCAACUGCUAGCAUUUCCCAACCACCAGGCUAUCACAAAACAGUGAUGCUAAAUCCCAACAAAGCUGUUUUUACUUUUGAUUUCAAAUCCAUGAAGAUUCUUGUUGUCAAUCAAAUGGCAUGCCGCUUGUUGGGCUUUUCUCCUGAAGAGCUGUGUGGCCUUACACUGGUGCAGUUACUUAAUAGACAGCAUGCUCAUACACCUUAUGCACUCUCUGAAGAGCACUUGGAUACAAAUCAUGGAACAACCCUGGGUGUUAGUGGUAAAGUUGUUGAAAUGAUAAGCAAGGAUGGGGGUGUCAUUCCCGUUUCAUUGUGGUUGCGCCGUCUUCAAAUGGAUGACCGGUGUCUUGCUGUGGCUGAACCUGUUGAGCGUCGUGUUGCCAGGCUGGAAGUUGAUGCAUAUGGCCGAAUACUGUGGAUGGACCCUGAUGCUUCUCAGCUCUUUCAGUAUACUAUUGAAGAAGUGGAAGGAGAAGACAUUAAACUCUUAAUACCUGCCUUCCUUAUGCCAUCACAUCCAGACAGUCUGCCUAAGGAAGUUCGAAAGCAGAAAGCUACUGGACGGACUAAAUAUGGCUCUUCUUUCCCCCUGUGCUUGCGCCUAAGUGAAGAACUUGAUGAAGGAAGUGGGGACUCCUCUGUGGCUGUUGUGUCAUAUUCUGUUAUAGUAUGGGUAUUUUCUAAUAUGAGUGGCCUGCUGGUCUUAAAUCCUGAUGGGACCGUUGAACAAUGCAAUCAUCACUUUACUCACAUUAUGUUUGGCUACACUCAAGCUCAAUUAGCUGGAAAACACAUUACCACAGUCAUUCCGAAUUUUGCUCAUGACUCUGUAUGUAAUGGAGAUGAUUCAAUCCUUCCUCCAUUUCAACUGGGAGAUGAGCUAGCAGAAAACGCGUUGAACACAGAAUCCACAACACCACGAGCUUGGAAGUCAAACAAUGAUACUGAUAGCCAAUCCACCAAUCGACUGGACACUGAUAGUCAGUCCACAAAUAUGUUUUCAGUGGACAAUUCGAUCCGUACAGACUGUGUAAGGCUCAUUGAAUCAGUAUCCCAAUUGAGUGACUUGACUAAUAAGAUUACCCUCAAUGAUGAUGACACAACUAGUGCUGGUUUGACUCUUCAAAAUGACAUCUCAUCAACUAAGAAUUAUAAAAUGUUCUCUUCUGCUUCCAAUGCAAUGUCUGAUAAACAAAAGGAAAACAACCCUCCUGAUGAGGGAUCAGAUCCUUUGGUCACUGCUGACAAUACUACAUGUGAAGAAUUUAGCCGCAGUGAGGAUGACACAUUAAAUGGAAACGAAGAAGUCAGUCAGAAACCAGCAAAACAGAACAGUCACAGCCCUGCUGUGAGUGUAGAGCUUAGCUCAUGUGUGGGUGUCACCUCAUCUAGCAUGUGCAGCAUGUGCACUUGCACUAGUCAUCCUAGCCGGUUUACUCAUUCCGAUGUUGAUGACAACACUAUAAGCGUCUCAACCGUAAGCCACAGUAAUGUCAAACCGCCAGCCCCUUCACCUGUUACUCCAUUGGAUCCGCAGGGCCAGGCAUUCCCUGAAGGUCAUUUUCUUGGUUUUGGGAAACACAGAGAUGGUUCAAAUAUUGAAUUGGUGUAUCAAGUGAGGCUUGUACAACUUCGAUGUGGACGUCAGCUUUACUGUGUGUGGAUUUCUCGUGAUUCUGAAGAGGAAGAUCCUCAGUAUGGAAACUUGACUUUCACUUCUAGCUUAGACAGCAGUGCUAUUGAACCAUCAUUUGGACAGGAAAUUCAAACACGGGCCCAAAAUGCUAGCCGUCCUGGCUCAGUAUCUAUCAUGACUCAAUGUGAGGAUGAGUUAGUAAUGGGGGCAUACGGAGAACGCUACACCACCCUUCAACAAAUAGGGAAGGGUGCCUAUGGUUUUGUGAAGAUGGCUUAUCGAAAUGAAGAUAAUGCUCUUGUUAUUACAAAAUUCAUUCAAAAGAAGAAAGUUCAUGAACAAUCCUGGGUGGAAGAUCCAAUUCUGGGGAAAAGAGUCCCUCUUGAAGUCAGUCUCCUCACUACCAUUAAACAUCCAAAUGUGGUCAGAGUUUUGGAUGUGUUUGAAAACGAAUCAUUCUUCCAAAUGGUGAUGGAGAAACAUGGAGCAGGCAUGGAUUUGUUUGAGUUUGUAGACCGCAGGCCCAAGCUAGAUGAGCCAUUGAUCAGCUAUAUUUUUCGCCAGAUUGUGGCUGCUGUUCAUUACCUGCACUCUCUCCAAAUAUUGCAUCGUGAUAUCAAAGAUGAAAAUGUUAUUAUUGAUCAGCACUUUCAUGCAAAACUCAUUGACUUUGGCUCUGCCACCUUCAGAAGUGCCGAUCGUCUUUUUUCUACAUUUUAUGGAACGGUUGAGUACUGUAGCCCAGAGGUUUUGGCAGGCAACAAAUAUGAGGGACCUGAAUUGGAAGUAUGGUCCCUUGGAGUGACUUUGUAUGUUUUAACAUUUGGAGAGAACCCAUUCUUUGAUGUAGAGGAAACACUACGGGCAGAACUUCGACCUCCUGGCACUGCCAGCCCCCAACUAUUGGGGCUAUUGCACUCUAUGCUGGAGAGGGAUCCAGUCAUGCGCAACACCAUGCAAAAUCUCGUCAACCAUGCUUGGAUUAACCAGCCAGUUGACCCAACCACUUACAACUUCCGAGAUGUUGUGAACUGCUUGCCUCACGAAUAUGAUCCACCGGCUUUCUAUGCUGACUAUCAUCACAGUCGUCCAGCAUCAAGGUCACACGGCCUUCUCAUGCCUCCUAUGACUGGUUGUUGUGAUGAGGAUGAAGACAGGACUGACUUGGCCACAUCAAAUUCUUUGACCAGCCUUACUCCUGUUGAUGAGGUCGACGGUCGAACAUUCCCCCCAUGCUCCUCUGAUAUUCCUGAUUUAAAGAAGAUUAAUCCCAUAGUAUCUGAUCUUAGUGAAGGUUUGGCAUCAUCCACCCCUUUAAAGAAUAAGUCAUCUACUUCUCCCAUCAAUUCAGCUGUGCAGACCACCGAAUACGUCGGAUCCGAUCCUUCAGAGGUACACACAAAGUCCAGCUCUUCAAUAUCAAUUGUUGAAUCUUCGUCUGAAUCAUCAUUUGAAAGAUCUUCAUCCUCAAUGACUGUGUCAAUGAACCGCAGAGAAAAUGAUUCUCUUGCUCAGAAUCUUUUGGAUGACUUUUCUGGGAGAAUUCUGAGCCACAUAGAGGGUAAUUCUUUAGAGGGCAACCUUAGUUGUGGGGGUUUACUUACCGAUGAGGAAGAUUAUCUUAAUGAUGACUUUGAAGAAGAAAAGGACUCUGAUGGUGUAGAUGUACAGAUAGGUAGUACUGCUGAAUCAGAUAACAGUGAUGAUGAAAAAGAUGUGAAUUGUGAAAUUCAGCUGAGUGAUGAAGAUAUUGUCCUUGAAGAAAAGUGAUAUUAAUGAAUGUCAGCUUUCUGUACUUCCACACUCAGCAUGUGCUAUUAAAACCAUUUUCAAAACGUUUGGGUGGAUUACUAUUUCUGGGUUGUCAUUUACCAUAUGGAAAUAAAAAUGCUGGCUUGUUUGAUGGUUUCUUUUAUCAGUAAGCACUGCACAAUAUUCACAUGUAUUGAUGGGUCAUCUUGAACCUCAUACUAGUUUGUAUAAUUCUUUUAUUUAUUAUAAUGGUCUGCUAUUUAAAUAAUUUAUUAAGUUGGUUUCCGGACCCGAAGUUUUGUCUGGAACAGUCUGUCACUCACUCCCUUGGGCCAAACUGAUCUCAAUCAUCUUGGCCUGGCCGAGGAGAUUGAAAUUAGUGUGGCCUAAGUCACUUAUUGUGUGGACGUUGUGCGAAGAGGUGCUUUCAUAGCUGUCCAAGGUGUUCUGUAGUACCACCUGGAUUUGUUUUCCUUGAAUGACACCUAUGCCUUCAACGCCUGUACAAUGCUUGGCAUGCAGUUUGUUGUUAUUCUCAAUGUAUUUAUUUUUGCUUACUGUCAUGUUUCACUUUGUAUGGUUCACAUUACUAUGGCAUAUUGAUUGUGUUCAUGGAUGGUAUUGUUGUGCUAUGUAAUGCCAUUAGGGUAUUUGCUUGAAUAUAAAUUGUUUGUGAUGUGUGUGGCCUUUUAAGGUACUCUCAUGAUAUAGGUGCAAAAGUAUUUGUUUCCUAUAGAUACUGUUUCUGUAAACCUAAUCCAUUAAAUGGACAGAGGUGGGAAAUAUUCCCUUACUGUGAUCUUAUUCUUACCACUCGUUUUACUCUGAUUGUAACAGUUUUUGUGUCUGGGAUUUUAUUUGCCUUGUAAAGAUAAUAGAAAACAAUCCUGGUCAUUUAUUAUAACACUCACCUAUGCUUAGGGUUUAAGACUGAGUGCUGUUUUAUAAUUUAUUUAAACAUAAGAAGUUCUUUAUAACAGAAAGAAACCUGCUUUACAGUUUGUUUAGGUGUGAAAUGCUGGCAGAUGCAGUUCUUAGCGUUGCUUUUUGAUUUUCUAUUGGUUGUUGUGUUGUGUCGUGUUACCAGAAGAAGGUGUCAUUUUCUGCAAUGCUAUCGGACGCAUGUGUUUGUGUCUUGCCUGUCUAUAAGACCUCUUUGCUCAUUUCUGUGCUGUUUCCUAGCAACCUUAAAUAUCUAUGAUGUAAGAAUCGUUUUUUAACUUUGUGUGAUGAAUGCGUUUCCCAUUGCUUCACACAGUGAUGUAUUAAUUGGUUUUAUAAAGUUUUCCUUGGUUGUUAAGGUCAGAUUUUGGCAAAACUCAAGGCUUAAACAAUGUGGGGAUAAUGUCCCAUUUGACUGAAUGCUGUAAUCUCUAUCAUGUCUGUGAUCUCAAAGGUGUGCUGUUUGAAUUUUAUAAAUCAUUCCAUAAUUUUUUUUUCAACUAUGAGAAAUUAAAUUUAAAAUGUGGAUGCUGGAAAACUGUGUGGAAUUAACACAACCACAGUUGUUACAAUAAGUGACAAUAGUUGGAUGGAGACCAAAAAUCUGAUAGACGCUGCUUCUGAGUAAACCUCAGAUGUACCCCAUCUCAUAUGAUGCAUCGUUUUCCAAAUAAAUAGUUUUGCGCAUGUUUCGAUUA